AUGAAAAGUGCUGAAUCUAAUUUAUUGUCUGCGGCACUGCUAGAAUUAUCUAUUCAAGCACAGGAUUUGGAACGUAAAGUCACAACACUUUCUCAGUUAGAAGAGUUGAAAUCUAAAAUAUCAGAAAAAGAUGAGUUAAUUGAAAGGCUAAAACUCAAAAUAUCACAGAUAGAAGCUACAAAUUUAGAUCUGGAGAAUAAAUUAUCUAAUGCUAACCAAUCAACUAAUGGUUCGACAAAUAUACCAAUACCCAGUGUAGAUUACCCUGAAUAUGUUGUAUAUAAUCUGCUAGAUAAGUUGUACCUUCAUGUACCUGAUUGGCAAAUAUCGACUUUUUCUUCUGAAAUAAACAGAUUAUUAACCUUAAAUCCUGGACUAGCAGAUCAUCCAACGGUGAUAAGCGUGCUACAAGGCUCGGUUAUCCAAGAUGCUUUGGUCUUGAUUGAUAGGCUAGAAGAUGAAACGGAUUGCACUGAGAUUGAAUCACAACUGUCAAAUUUUUCAAAUCAGAGAACCCUACUUGCCAAUCGCCUUUGUUUAUUUUUAAUACUUAAGAAUAUGCACCUCACCAAUAUUUACAAAAUAUUAUUCACAAGUUUAUUUUACGAAAACUCUCGAAUUGUUGCUAUUAUAAAAGAUGCUUUGUUUGCAAAGAUGCUCGAUUUACAAUUGUUGAGUGACAAUAGUGACUUUAAACACCCAAUUCUUUGGGCUUUCGGACCAAAUUACUUAACAAAAAAAGCAUUAAACUACCUUCAUUCACUACUAUUUAAUGUAACAAAAGUGCCAUCCGAUCCUGUCACUGGCGAUAAUAUUUGGCACUAUAUAGCAAAAGACCGAAGUGAAGAUAUUGUCACAAAUAUUAAAAAUUGUAAUAUCCAUACCGAAGCUCUUGAAGCAUGUAACAAACAGGGAAUAACUCCACUUCAGUUAGUGCCACCAGAUACACACCAUGAUAUUUCUCAAUGUUUGAUAAUGAAUAUAGCUUCAGAUGGAGCAGAGUACUAUAAAUCAGGAGACUAUGACAAAGCAUUGGAGUUAUAUUCCAAGGCUUUAGACAAACAAAUAGCACUUUCUUGUGAAUACACUGAUAAGCUUAGUGACAAAGAUAAAUCAUCGCAUAAUACAAACAUUGGCAAAUUACUCUACAACAAAGCACGUUCACUCAUGCACUUAAGAAGAUGGAGCGAAUCAAUUACAACUUGUGAAUUAUGUAUUGCUUAUCUACCUCGCUAUGGUAACGCCUAUGAGACAAUAAUUCAAGCAGCCGAUUCGUUAUUGGAUUGGGAAAAGGGCUUGGAUGUAUGCAUUGAGUACCAAGUCGCAUGUGGUGUAGACCUCCGUGAAAGGAGAGAAUUCUUCAAUGCGCAAUUAAAUGCUACUGCAUUUCAGAUUUUGCAGAUUCCAAUUAAUUCAUCCCAAAAGACCAUCAAACAAUCAUUUAAUAAUUUGUGCAAAGUUUGGCAUCCGGAUAAAAUACACGAUGAUGAUGAUCUCAAACGUCGAUCAACUUUUCAUUUUAACAGAUUAUUCAACGCACGGCAAUUACUAAUGGAUGAUGAUACUAGGUUGAUUGAGAUGGGUAAACUUGAGACAAAUUAUAUCUGUCCCAAUCCCAUAUUUAAGCCGAAUGAUGAUCGAUCAUUUACCGUUGAUAAAUUUUCCAAGCUUCAUUUUGAGGUGAUGAUGCAAACUCAGUCUGUGGGCCUACUUGAAAUGGCUGGAAAGCGAAUGGGAGAUGAGAUCGAUAAGGCAAAUCUCAUUUUAUCUAACCUACAAUCAAAGUUGUUAGAGACUGCUAAUAAUACUAGUGGUAGAAAUACUGACGAUAAUUAUGUCGAGAGGAUGCGUUUUAUGGAUAAUAUAAUGAAUACACAUAACAAGACCACUAAUGACGACUCAAUGUAUCGUGUUGAAUCUAAUUAUAAUGAUGAUGAAAAUUUUCCAACUCCAAACUUCCCACCCAAUUUCCAAGGCGUUCAAAGUUUUGCCUCUUCCAAUCCGCAAUCAUCCAAUGUUUUUGGCAGAUAUGCCAAAAACGUGCCUACUACUAGCAGCUUUUGGAGAGCUAGCAGUAUAAAAGAUUCAUGGUUAUCAGGUGUUAAUGGAUCUGGCGGUGGUGGUUCUAAAAUGAGGGAUUCCAGCAUGGCACGAAUUAAGGAACCUGAUACAGCCAGGAUAAGAACUUCGAGUACUAGCCGAGCGCGUGAAUAUAGCUCUGCUAGGAACAUGUCCAGAUCAGCCACUGGUGGUAAGGACGCUAGAAUGCCUACAAGUAAGAUAAGACCUUUGGGCUUCAGGAUAUACAGCGCUGCUGAAGGAUAG